CCUGCCUGUUUGAAUGUACCGCUCAAUAAUGAGUAAUGCGCAAUGGAGCGGUCACAUGGUAUGACCACAUGACCGUGACGUACGGCGGUCCCUUCCCAAACAUGUCUGCUGCCACAGUGCAACUUUCACAUGCUGCCUUCUCUGCAAAUCGCUGUCCUAACUGUGUAAGCUGGAGUCGGACUGGAGUUCUUGCAUGUGGGACCUGUCACUCCAUAGCACUGUACGACCCUCAGAAAAAAUUUGUUAUAUCCACUCUACAUGGCCAUACUGGAAGAGUAAACUGUGUGUACUGGAUUCAAAAGAAUGACUGUAGUGCUGAGACAGAAUUAGUGUCUGGAGGAUCUGAUAAGAAGGUGAUUAUCUGGACGUUAGAAAACAACAAGUGUACACAACCUGUUGCGCUUGAAGGUCAUAGAGAAGCAUUAAAUGCUGUUCAUGCUGUCUACACACAACGAUCUGAGAAUGAACUCCUCAUUGCUUCUACUGCAUCAGACUGCACUGUUCGAUUGUGGUUAAGAAGAAAUUUAACAACUGAAUGCCUUCAAACAUUAUCUUUUGAGAAGGGAUUUGUACUGGAUGUCUGCCUGUCUUUUCUUCCUGGAAGUUUAGUGCCAGUUUUAGCUUGUGGGGCAGAUGACAGCCAAAUUCAUUUGUAUGCAUUGCAGAACGAGCAGUUUGAAAAAACACAAGUACUUUAUGGACAUGAAGAUUGGAUAAGAGGAGUUGAAUGGGCUGUCACUGGUGAGAAUCUUUUUCUUGCAAGCUGUGCACAGGACUGCCUUAUUCGCAUAUGGAAGAUAUUUAAGAAAACUGCUACAGAUAAUUCCAAAACUGAAGAAGAAACCUGCAUCAAACUUAAGGAGAACAUAUUCACAGUAAAGGAAAAAGACACAGAAACUAGUUAUGCUGUUACUUUGGAGACCGUUUUGACUGGUCAUGAAAAUUCUGUUUAUGCUGUACACUGGCAGCCAUCUUUUUGUAGAGAUGGCAGCAUUGUACAGCCAAUGAGUUUACUAUCAGCUUCUAUGGACAAAACCAUGAUCUUGUGGGAGCCAGAUGAGGAAUCUGGAGUGUGGUUAGAGCAGGUCCGUGUAGGAGAAGUUGGAGGAAACACAUUGGGAUUUCUCGGCUGCCAGUUUAGCCCAGACAAGUCUAUGAUCCUUGCUCAUGCUUUUCAUGGAGCCCUGCAUUUGUGGAGUCGUGCGCCUAACAAACAGAAUGAAUGGGAUCCCAUGGUUGUUAUAUCUGGACACUUCAACAGUGUACAGGAUAUGAGGUGGGAUCCUGAAGGAGAAUUUGUAAUAACUGUAAGUGCUGAUCAAACAACAAGACUCUUUGGACCAUGGAAGAAAGAAGGACAGUCUCAUGUAACGUGGCAUGAAAUUGCAAGACCUCAGAUACAUGGAUAUGACAUGCAAUGUCUUGCUAUGAUUGGUAGAUUUCAGUUUGUUUCUGGAGCUGAUGAAAAAGUUCUAAGAGUUUUUGCAGCACCACGUAACUUUAUUGAAAAUUUCAGCAACAUUUCUGGAAUAUCUCUGGAGAAGCUUCUUUUAAAUGAAGACACCAAUCUUCCUGAAGGUGCUACUGUGCCAGCUUUGGGUUUGUCAAAUAAAGCAGUCUUUCACGGAGAGAUUUUUACCCCAUCAACUCAAGAAGAAGGAAAGUAUAACAGUGUCUCUGAACAGUACUCCCAGCCAUAUUUUCAACCUCUUAACCUUACAGAACCUCCACCAGAAAAUCAUCUUUUACAGAAUACACUUUGGCCAGAGGUUCAAAAGCUGUAUGGGCAUGGCUAUGAACUAUUUGCUGUAGCUUGUAACAGUGCCAAAACAGUCAUUGCGUCAGCAUGUAAGGCUUCCAAAAGAGAACAUGCAGCAAUUAUUUUGUGGAGCACUACAAGCUGGAAGCAGUUACAAAGUCUGUCUUAUCACAACUUGACUGUUACUCAGAUGGCAUUUUCUCCUGAUGACAAAUUCUUAUUAGCAGUUUCCAGAGAUAGAAACUGGUCCCUAUGGAAGAAGCACGAGGGCAUUCCAGAACAGACAGCGGAACCAGCCUUUAGUUUACAUACUUAUACUGACAAGAAUUCAAGUGUACAUAGUAGGAUUAUUUGGGCAUGUGACUGGACUCCAGAUAGCAAGUAUUUUGUCACAGGAAGCAGAGAUAAAAAGGUUAUUGUUUGGGGUGACUGCAGCCUUCCUUCUGUAAAGGAAGAAAAAGAUUCUGCACUUAUUAGGCCUUGUUCUAGCCUUCUAGAUACAGGAGACUCUGUCACAGCUGUUAGUGUCAGUCAGGUACUUGCACUGGAUGGAAGCUAUAUUAUAGCUGUUGGUCUGGAUUGUGGAAAGAUUCAACUGUACAAAUGGAAACACAGUGGAAAAGUGAAUGAUUGGUCAAAAUGUUUGGAGAUGGACCAGAGCCUUAGUCACACCCUGACUGUGAAGCAGCUUUGUUGGAGAAGUUGUUUGGGACGUGCAGGAUACAAUGAUAUUGAUAAUGGAGACUGGCUACAGUUGGCAAGCUGUGGGGCUGACCACUGUGUUAAGAUAUUUGAUGUUUACAGAAAAGCUCUAUGAUGAAUUCCAAGCAAUUAAUGUGUUUUACAGAUGUGAGAACAGUACCUUUACUGGCCUCAACAUGCCUUCAAAUAGAACAAAUACCAUUGUAUCGCCUAUGAUAAUGUUGUAAUUUACCCACAUGGACAGUGAGAACCACACAGACACACAACAUAGUGAUGAAAAAUGGUUUCUACAUUUGUGUAUAACAUCAUUUGGAGGAGUAUACAAUUUUGCCAUUCUCUGCAUUUUGGAACACUCAUACAUAAACAUUACAUCUGAAAGUUCUAUUCAUUAAAUACAAAAGUAUUUAUUUAUUUUGAAUGCUGAAUAAAAAAUUCUGACUCAUGUGGGGGAAAAAUAAAUAUAAUUUAUGUACACAUUCUGCUUUUUUAAAUAAAGGAAAACAGAAAAGUGCUUUUUAAGCCUCAGUGCUGUUCUGACAUUGUUUAAUAUUUAAAAGUUUCAGAUUUCAUAUUUGUUUGUUUUGCUAAAAUCAUUUAUACAUUUUCCUUCAAAAGUACCAUUAAAUAAUAAUAAUGUUUAA